AUGGUUAUAUUUUAUAAUCUUUUGAACGUGGCUGCAAUAAAUGCACUAUGUAUUUAUAAAGCUAAUCACACGGAAAAUAUAAAAAUAAAAAGGAUCGACUUUUUUCAAGACUUGUCGUGGGAACUAAUAAAACCACAAAUUCAAUUUAGAUCUACAAUACAAACACUUCCAAUUGAACUUCGAAGACGUGCUAAAAUUCUGUUAGGAGAAAAGGAUACGGUAGCUAUAGGGACAGAAAGACCAGAUGGAUCCAGAGGUCGAUGUUAUGAUUGUGGACGAGCGCGUGAUAAAACUACCAGAAGGUGGUGUUGUAAGUGUAAGAAGUGGAUGUGCGGUGACCAUUUAAAAGACAUAUGUAAAAAUUGUGUACUAUAA